AUUUACCUCAAGUUCAGUUCUCUUCUAGUAUUUCUUUCAUAUCUAAGAGAAUUAUAAAAUUCACUUUAAGGAAUUAUGGAUUGCAGAUUUGAGACUGCAGAAACUCGAAGGAACAAGUGUGCAGCAUGCUACAGGCAAUUCAACAAAGUGGAGCACCUAGUGGAGCACAUGAAGAUCUCUUACCAUUCUGUUCAUGAACCAACCUGUGGCAUUUGCAGGAAACACUGCAGAUCCUUUGAGUCUCUAAGGGAACAUCUUAUAGGUCCAUUGCCAAAACAAGAAUGCAGAGAGAUCUUUGCCAACAGAGGGUGCAAGUUUUGCUUGAAAGUCCUUGACAGCCCUAAUUCUCGCAGGAUCCACCAACAAAAGUGCCAACUCUCUGGAUUAAAUGGAAUAAGUGGUCGUUUUUCAAACAUGGGAAUUCGUGAUAAUUUGACAACUGGUGGUGGAGCAACAACAAGAGGACCACAAGUAGUUGCACUAGCUUGUAAAAUGGUGGGAGGUGGAAGUGAUGGGUCACUAGAUCUUUGUGGAAGAGUUUGCUUAAUCGAUGAGCAUGAGAACAUCAUCUUCCAAUGUUAUGUCAAUCCACUAAUUCCAAUCACAAACUACAGGUAUGAAACAACAGGUAUGAGACAAGAAUACUUAAGGGAUGCAAUGCCAUUGAAACUUGUGCAAAGGAAGAUUCAAGAUUUCCUUUGCAAUGGUGAACCCAUUUGGACAAUUCGUUCAAGAGGUGGAAAAGCUAAGAUUCUUGUUGGUCAUGGUUUAGAUCAUGACCUUGCCUCUUUGCAAAUUGAGUAUCCAACAACAAAAAUAAGGGACACUGCAAAAUAUCCUCCACUCAUGAAAACUAGCAAGCUCAGCAAUUCACUCAAGUACUUAACACAAGUAUAUCUUGGGUAUGACAUUCAAAAUGGGAUACAAGAUCCUUAUGAUGAUUGUGUUGCAGCAAUGAGACUCUACAUGAGAAUGAAAACACAAAUACACAAAAUAGAGGAUUACCCUUUGGCUUCUGAUCCACAGAACAGGAACAAUUUUGCAACAUGGAGGCAAAGUGAGCUUGAAAGAAUGAGUCCUGAACAAAUGCUUGAGAUCUCAAGAUCUGACUACUACUGCUGGUGCAUGGAUUCCUCAUAUAGUCUAUGAAUUAGUUAUUAAUGGUGAAACUAAGCUAAAUAGAGAUUCAAUUAAUGAAAUUCAUCAGAGAGAUGAAUUCUUAAGUUACUACAAAUUUAACCUAUGCAUAAUUAAUAUUAAUAUAUAUAAUAAAAGUAAAAAAAAAAAGUUCUUGGUUUAGAAAAAAUAAAUAAAAUACACCAAACUAAUUAAUGGUGUCUUAUUUAGUAGCUUAGUUAGUGUGCAAUAGCUAAAGUAUAUUCAUCUAAUGCAUGUAUGACUCUAUUUAUUGAAAACAAUAUGAGUAAUAUUUUUA